UGUUCACCAAUCGUUCGACUACGGGUACACAAGGGUGGAUUGCUGCCGGAGCUAGAUGCGGGCAUCCUUCAAUGAUUCCGUGCUGUUGCUUUUGGUUGUGCUGUGUAUACUUUUAUGGGAUAGACAAUGCUCAGUGUAUCGGCAGUAGAAUCUUCAGCUGCUGCUCGACUGGUUGGUCGGAAAAUGUAGUAAUUUAAUGUGACAUUACUUCUGUGCUGUGUUCAGUUUAUUGUUGUGGUCCUAGACGCAGACCAGCAAUUCUGCAAAAAGAUGUUGAGCCGAAUAAUGAGUGGCAGCAUCAGGAAUCUGGAUAGAGAAUACGACUGCACCGUCAGACUGCUGGAUGAUACGGAAUACACAUGCACAAUCCAGCGGGAUGCAAAAGGACAAUAUCUGUUUGACCUCAUCUGCCACCACCUCAAUCUGCUGGAGAAAGACUACUUUGGCAUCAGAUAUGUGGACCCAGAUAAGCAGCGGCACUGGUUGGAGGUCACAAAGUGCAUUGCCAAGCAGAUGAAAUCCCAGCCUCCAUUCACCAUGUGUCUCAGAGUCAAGUUUUACCCUCCCGACCCCGCCGCUCUCAAAGAGGAAAUCACCAGAUAUCUAGUCUUCCUGCAGAUCAAGAGGGAUCUGUAUCACGGCCGCCUCCUGUGUAAAACAUCAGAUGCUGCCAUGCUGGCUGCAUUUAUCCUGCAAGCUGAGAUCGGGGACUAUGAUCCUGGGAAACAUCCUGAAGGAUACAGCUCUAAAUUCCAGUUCUUCCCAAAACAUUCAGAGAAGUUGGAGCGACGUAUUGCCGACAUACACAAGACAGAACUGAUGGGCCAGACACCAGAAACAUCCGAGCUGAAUUUCCUUCAGAAAGCCCAAAUGCUGGAUACAUAUGGAGUGGAUCCUCAUCCAUGCAAGGAUGUGUCUGGAAAUCCAGCUUUUCUUGCCUUUACUCCAUUUGGAUUUGUCGUGCUUCAGGGAAACAAGAGGGUUCAUUUCCUCAAGUGGAACGAGGUGACCAAACUGAAGUUUGAGGGAAAGACAUUCCAUAUAUAUGCAAAUCAGAAGGAGGACAAAAAGAUCAUCUUGACGUAUUUUGCGCCAACUCCUGAGGCCUGCAAGCACCUGUGGAAAUGUGGAGUGGAGAACCAGGCCUUCUACAAGCUUGAGAAGUCCAGUCAGGUGCGGACAGUGUCCAGCAGCAACCUAUUCUUCAAGGGGAGUCGUUUCCGCUACAGUCGAAAAUGUCAUCCCAAAAUCAACUGGAUAUCUGAGCUUCUAAAUGGUUUCCAAGAAUUCCAUGGACGAGUGGCAAAAGAAGUGAUGGAACAGAGUGCCAAAAUCAAGCGAGAGCCUCCAGAAAUACACAGGGCUGGUCUGGUUCCCAGUAGAAGCUGUCCGUCCAUCACUCACGGGCCACGUCUCACUAGUGUUCCACGCACACGGCGGAGGGCAGUUCACAUAUCCAUUAUGGAGGGUCUGGAGUCGCUGCGUGACAGUGCUCACUCCACACCUGUACGCUCCGUGUCACACGGAGACUCCUUCAUGCCGCGCUCCCGCAGCCUGGCCACGGACGAGGGUUCGGCGGUGAUCUCCGAUGAAGCCUACAGCCCCUCGGACAGCGUGCUUCCCACCCCGGUGUCGGAGCACAACCUGGACCUGGCUGUGGCGCGGCAGGUCAACGGAGCCCCCCGCAGCAUUGAGGAAGAGAGGGAGUCGGAAGCGGGUACUCCCUCGGUGGGGGAUUCGGGCGACUUGGCAGACAGUAGAGCGGCGUUAGAGGGUUCUGGGGGGGCGGCGGCGCUCAGCGAAGUGGAACAGGUGAAUAAGUUUGUUUUAAGUGUCCUCCGUUUGCUCCUUGUGACCAUUGGACUCCUCUUUGUCUUGCUCCUCCUCCUCAUCGUUCUCACCGAAUCCGACCUUGACGUCGCAUUUUUACGUGAUAUCCGUCGGACCCCCGAAUUUGAACAGUUCCAUUACGAAUACUUUUGUCCCCUCAGGCGGUGGUUUGCCUGCAAGCUCCGCUGGGCGGGCAGUUUGCUCAUUAACAAGUGAAAGACAGUGAGGCCGUAGAGUGAAAAAGCCCAUUGGGGUUUUUGAGAAGACGAUUGAGGCUCCGGAGUGAUGGAGGGCAGCCCCGUCCCAACCAUGAACCCAGCUUCUCCCAUGAUACUCCUGGAAUCACUAUGCCAGGAAUUUCUCUCUCUCUCUUCCUUCACUUUUAGUUACGUCUGUUUGUUUUUUUACAAAGCCAGGAGAAUUUUUUUAUUUGUAUUUAAUUUCAGAUCAGGUCAUUUCAGGUAUUUUAUUUUUUCAAAAAAUAUAAACGAAAAAAUAUGAAACUGAAAUCAAAGAACUGAAGUAUUUUAAAACAGUUCCUUUUUAGGGACAAUGCAUUUUCUUGCAACAAAUGAAAGUUGCCUUUAUUUACUAUUUAUUGUUUGGAACAUAAAUUGCAUUAGCAUAGGGAAAUAAUGUGAUGCAAAGAGAUCAGGGAAGUCAUUAAAAUAAUUAAUAAAGUUGUGAGCUAGAUACAGUUUUGAGAAGUUUUUACUGGAGUAGAUCAUGUCAUCCCCAUCAAUACAUCUAUGAUUGGUUUUCAUUAGAGGUUCAUUGAUCAAAACACAGUGUGGAAUUCAAGCAAUGUUAAAUGAUAAAGUUAUGAAAUGUAGUGAAGACGCUAACAAAAAAUGCCUUUUAUGAAGAAAAAUGUAAUGAAAUGAAGACCGUAUUGAAUUUGGCAGAAUGUUUUGAAGUUAUACUUUUGUGAAAAUCCAAUUAUGUAUAAGUAGAAGCUGUGAAGUUGAAAUUAGUUUUUUGAAGUUUUAUAAAGGAUGUAUGUACAGUAACCAUGGUGUUAUGUGGCCCCAUAGUGUCAGUAACUGGUAGAAUUGUUGAUAAUCAACCUCUUGAAAACACUCACUAGCACCAACUGAACCCUUCUAGGUAUGUAGGUGUGCAGUUAGAUGUGCAAUACCCUUACGCUUAAAUACUUCAGUACUUUAGAAAGUGUGUAUUUGUCAUGUUUCUUGAUUUUGUUUUGUCAACAUUUAUUGAUUAUGUUAAGAUCUGGAGAAGAUUUAGGAUUUCUUUGUAUAAAGAAUGUACAGUUUUGUUCAGUUCCAUGUCAACCUUGCUCUUAAAUUUGUGUAUAUCACGCUAGAAUUAACUGUUAGCAUAAGAAUAACAAUGAUGUACUUUUUGUACAAAGUAGUUUGUUUCCUAAUAUAUUGACAGUUUUUCCAUGUAUAUUUUAACAGAAUUAAAAUGUUAUUUUGUUAUCGAAGAUUAAAUUAUACCUUUUUUAGCGCUGUUUCAAGUGAGGUCUAGAAUUUAUGGAAAUAUAUUGUAAACGGGGGGUUGACUCAAAAACAAGGCGUUUAUCCAGAUCCACUCCACAGAUUCCACCUCUCUUACUCCACCAGCAAUGUCACUGCAGUCACUGUGUGCAAAUGUUUUGGCGUCAAGACUCAUUUAUUUCCCCCAGAAAAUACAUAUUUAAAAAGCUGGACCGGACUAAAAUGCCAACCGAAAAAAUUGUAUUUCAGAGAAAAUUCACAAAUGCAAAUGCUCAGUAGUUUUCCAGAGUUUUAGAAGUGGAUGUGCAAUCUUCUGCCUCAUAACUCAAGGGAGCAAUAUGCUUGCUGUCAUGGCUGCUGGAUCCUGGGUAAAGUCUGUUUUUGUGUUUUUGUCUACCUCCUGUACUGUACCUAAUGCAGGGUUUAGUGUGUGUUUUUUGUCUCUGUAUGUAGGAAUGUAACAAACUUCAAGCUGAUAUUGUGAAGUGUUGACAGGAAAAAAUGUGCUCUAAUUUUAAAAAGGGAUUACAUCUUUUUUUCAUAGGACGAUUAAGAAAAGAGAUUGAAAGUGAUGAUGAGAAAGACAGAUAGAGAGAGAGAGAGAGAGAGAGAGAAGAGGAAGAAAGGACGCCUGAAGAGAUUAAAAUAAUUAGGAACGGGGGAAGGACCACCCUCACAUUAAAGUGUGUAAGGAUAGUCAAUUGGGAAUGCAAAUGUCAGCACUUGUUCUCAAAACCCCAUUGGCUAGACAUCCAUGCCUGUUUUGGCAUGUUAUUCUACACCAUGCUACUCCAUGCUCUGAUCCCCAGGGGUGCUUUUGCCUGCUUCCCUGGUGAGCCCAACCUGGGCCCAUGUAACUGGAGCACUGCAGCUCCUCAGGUUCAUCUGUCCCCCAGUAGCACCCUGCUAGCUCAUGUAGACCCAGCAGGGAAGGCAGGAUACAGAGUAUCUAUGUCAGUGCUAUGGCCGGGUGUCUACUGUAUUCACUGCAUCUAUGUCAGUGCUAUGGCCGGGUGUCUACUGUAUUCACUGCAUCUAUGUCAGUGCUAUGCCCAGGUGUCUACUGUAUUCACUGCAUCUAUGUCAGUGCUAUGGCCGGGUGUCUACUGUAUUCACUGCAUCUAUGUCAGUGCUAUGGCCGGGUGUCUACUGUAUUCACUGCAUCUAUGUCAGUGCUAUGGCCAGGUGUCUACUGUAUUCACUGCAUCUAUGUUAGUGCUAUGGCCGGGUGUCUACCGUAUUCACUGCAUCUAUGUCAGUGCUAUGGCCGGGUGUCUACUGUAUUCACUGCAUCUAUGUCAGUGCUAUGCCCAGGUGUCUACUGUAUUCACUGCAUCUAUGUCAGUGCUAUGGCCGGGUGUCUACUGUAUUCACUGCAUUAAACCCUAAACCCUCCUACAGAGUUGAGCCGACAUCUGAGUGGGAAAUAUCUGUGUUUAAGGCACAUGGGUAGUAAAAGCAGCCCUUUGUCUGGUGAAGUGACGGGUAAAUUACACAUUGCAAAAAGGUAUAAAUUCCUGAGUCUUGAGUUCAUGCCAUUGUGCUAGGGUAUCAUGCAUGCAUUUAAAAUGAAAGAGACACCUGGGCAGCAUGAACAGCGAAUUUAAAUGGUGAAUUUGUCUUUAUUAGGAUUGGGAGUCUAGCUUUGAUGUAUAAGAAACAGCACUGUUUUAUGAUUUUAUACAUUUAUAUUUCCUAUUUAUUACUUGCCUAAUGCGAAAUCAAGGUCAACAGAACCACUAUGGAACUCACGUGUUAAGUUUACUUCAGAAACCUGGAAGAGCAAAUAAGAAGGACAUGUGAAUUGAUGGUCUAGGGACACUUUAUCAGCGUUAUGUAGCUCCAGUGCUAUUUGUUUCUCCAAGCUUGCAUUAAGGCAGCAUCAUUCAAUGAGCAAUAACAUGUCAAAUUGGAAGAGCAAACAGACAUAACAAUGUAAAGAGAUGUGUUGCACUGGACUUUGAGCUGUUGUUUUUUGCUGUGUCAAAUCAGUUUACUGUCAUGAUUUCCACAAUACCAACAAAUGACUGUGCUCAUGGUACGCUCAUUAUCCUUUAUAUAGAAGCAGUAAUAAUAUGAAAAGACAGUUAUUAUUCUUUAGCAUUUACCACAUGUUAUACAUGGUGUUCCUUCCAUUGUUAGAGUUCUUGUUAGGAUGUUGGCUUUCAUUUGUUUCACAGUACAUCCAUGACACGGAAGCGUCUUUCCCAGUGCCUGGACUCUUGAGUACCUAACAGCUCUGCAUUUUUUGGAAGGGGCAAAUGAGUGAAUGAACGAGGACAAAUACAUUGCACCUUCCUCAUAAUAUGGACAGCUCUUUCAUUUCAGACAUACAAAAUACUUGUUAUCAGUGUGGCUUUGACUUCCCAUACUGUAAUGUUGUGUCAGCACAAGUUAGUUACUGAUCCCAGGUCAUAUUGCACGGUGUGCACUUACAGUGGUGUCAUCUGGGUAUCUGGGGGAAAGUUGUUGCCAAAACCCUGUUUAUGCCUGGUUCUAACCUGCAUCCUCUGUCUGGAUCCUGUCCACAUUCUGAUUGUGCAGGGCACACAUUUCUAUGGAGAGUUGUUGAGGAUUUAAAGGUGUUAUCUGAUUUUGAUCAGGCCUCGUGUGUUCAUGGUUCAGAUCAUGUCAAGCUCAGGAUGGAGUCAUGUUACACAGCCUUAGACGCAUGUAGAAACGGGGCUUAUCUGUGUCUGUCGGAACCCGUUCAGGUGUUACAUCUGAGAACCCUUUAAUCUAUACAGUACAUUUGUUCUGAUGUCAUGUUUACAUUAGUUCCUUUAAACAUUUGUUUUGUAGAUGUUUCAGACUGUAGGAUACACAUUGCAGAUACUAGAUGUCAGUUGAAUUUGCGGAAUUCUGAGGCUGUUCAUUUAACAUGUUAAUACAUUUCCCCUACACUGCACAAAAUAUUGUCUUAUCUAGUAUAUUUCACUUGUUUUCAGGUUAAAAAAUCUAACCAUCCUUAAAGUAAGGUAAGGUUUUCUUAACAAGCUAGAAUAUCCUGCUUGUUUUUAAGAAAUAUGCCUUGAAUAUCGUGUAAUUUGUCUUGUUCUAUUGGCAGAUUAUUUCACCUAUUUAAUGCAAAUAUCUCCUCAAAAAUAGUUAAAUUGUCCAUGUUUUUUGCAGUGUAGCCAUGAAGUCUUAACUGGAAACCACACGAAAAUACGGGAAAUGACUUGACCAUUAUUCUGAGAAUACAUUCUCAGGGAUUGUUAAGGAGUGGGGCAGUUCCACUAGUUUUUAUGUUAAAGAAGGUUGGAAGAUUGGUGAGGGCAGGUUAAAGGGCAAGGGCCCCGAUUCCAAACCCAUGCAGAUUCUACUGUGCGUCUAUGCCAAAGUCAGCACGGGUCAUGGGUCUGAUGUACUUAUGGUUGUUUGCCUGUGACUUGAACACAGGUCAGACAAAAGGGACUCCUUCAAAAGCAAUGAGCUAGUUUUUCUGCACGCUUUUAUUUCUUUAGGUCCCCUUCACCCUCACAUUAAUGCUACUGAACAAGUAGAUUGAGGACAGACUUUGACCUAUAAAGCUGAAGACCAGUCAUUAAAAUGUCAUCGUCGAUGUAAUAUGCGUCUGCCUAUUUGCCGGCUACCAAACAAACACUUACACAUCCAUGCAAAUACAAGAUGCAUAUCAGCUGUGUGUAGGCAUGUCUUAGGUAUUCCUGUAUUCUGCAUCUUUCUAUCUCGGAGUUGAGGUUGCUGUUUAUUUACGUAAUAUAUGAACAUACAACUAUAUACAAAUCCAUGUGCCAAAUCCAGUUCUUGUUCAGUCUGAUCCAUUCCGAACUCAUGUUUGUACCGUAUAAAACCUGAAAAAAAACUAUAUACAAUAUUGUUUCUCCCUGAUAGAUCUGUGUAACUGGUGCCAUUAAACAAUUCAAACUUGAAAAAGUCUUCUUCUGGUUUAUGGUUCUUCCGUAGAAAUUUACAUAAAUACAAUAAAAUUACAAUUGUGUAAUAUUUGCAAACUUCUAUCUGUGAAAGCUCAAGCUAUACCACCAUCUAGAGGAAAUAUCAUACAUUGCAUAUUCUUGGCAUAAACUACAUUGAGAAGAUCCCCUGAGAUGGUUUCUUACAGUUUGUGCAGAAAUUCUUUAGUUGUGCAAACCCAGUUUUAUCAGCUGUCUAGUUGGCUGGUCAUUAAAGAUCCUGCAGAUAAAGAAGCUGGAUGUUUGUCUGGGCUGGAAUUAUUACAUCUUUAUGGCUGUGAGGCCAGCUGCUAAAUUCUCUUAAAAAGACGUUAGAUGUUCCGGCUGUCAGCAUGCCACAUGCACACUACCUCAUAUCUAGAAAUCACUGUUGCAUUAUGUUGUGAGAUGAAACUCCAUUAUAAUGUGGCCUCAUAUUGUUCCCAGAACACAGUGUAAUACCACACCUCUCUGGUGGAUGAUCUGUCAUUUCCCUAGAACACAAUGUACCUGUGUAAUACCACACCUGUCUGGUGGAUGAUCUGUCAUUGGCCCCAGAACACAAUGUACCUGUGUAAUAUCACACCUGUCUGGUGGAUGAACUGUCAUUGUCCCUAGAACACAAUGUACCUGUGUAAUACACCUGUCAGGUGGAUGAUCUGUCAUUGUCCCCAGAACACAAUGUACCUGUGUAAUACACCUGUCAGGUGGAUGAUCUGUCAUUGUCCCCAGAACACAAUGUACCAGUGUAAUACACCUGUCAGGUGGAUGAUCUGUCAUUGUCCCCAGAACACAAUGUACCAGUGUAAUACACCUGUCAGGUGGAUGAUCUGUCAUUGUCCCCAGAACACAAUGUACCUGUGUAAUACACCUGUCAGGUGGAUGAUCUGUCAUUGGCCCCAGAACACAAUGUACCUGUGUAAUACCACACCUGUCUGGUGGAUGAUCUGUCAUUGUCCCCAGAACACAAUGUACCUGUGUAAUACCACACCUGUCUGGUGGAUGAUCUGUCAUUGUCCCCAGAACACAAUGUACCAGUGUAAUACCACACCUGUCUGGUGGAUGAUCUGUCAUUGUCCCCAGAACACAAUGUACCAGUGUAAUACACCUGUCAGGUGGAUGAUCUGUCAUUGUCCCCAGAACACAAUGUACCAGUGUAAUACACCUGUCAGGUGGAUGAUCUGUCAUUGGCCCCAGAAAACAAUGUACCUGUGUAAUACACCUGUCAGGUGGAUGAUCUGUCAUUGUCCCCAGAACACAAUGUACCAGUGUAAUACACCUGUCAGGUGGAUGAUCUGUCAUUGGCCCCAGAACACAAUGUACCUGUGUAAUACACCUGUCUGGUGGAUGAUCUGUCAUUGUCCCCAGAACACAAUGUACCUGUGUAAUACCACACCUGUCUGGUGGAUGAUCUGUCAUUGUCCCCAGAACACAAUGUACCAGUGUAAUACCACACCUGUCUGGUGGAUGAUCUGUCAUUGGCCCCAGAACACAAUGUACCUGUGUAAUACACCUGUCAGGUGGAUGAUCUGUCAUUGUCCCCAGAACACAAUGUACCAGUGUAAUACACCUGUCAGGUGGAUGAUCUGUCAUUGUCCCCAGAACACAAUGUACCUGUGUAAUACACCUGUCAGGUGGAUGAUCUGUCAUUGUCCCCAGAACACAAUGUACCAGUGUAAUACACCUGUCAGGUGGAUGAUCUGUCAUUGUCCCCAGAACACAAUGUACCAGUGUAAUACACCUGUCAGGUGGAUGAUCUGUCAUUGGCCCCAGAACACAAUGUACCUGUGUAAUACACCUGUCAGGUGGAUGAUCUGUCAUUGUCCCCAGAACACAAUGUACCUGUGUAAUACCACACCUGUCUGGUGGAUGAUCUGUCAUUGUCCCCAGAACACAAUGUACCAG